AGUGAUCUUAUCUGACACUGGAGCGCCUGCAUUAAGAUUUUAGACGCGCAGAUACACGGGAGUGAAAAUUCGGUGUCGAUGUAAAUAAAACCUCGCCAAAUUUGGAUCAGUAGUGCAUGUUAUAAUUUAACAAAAUGUCAUAUAAGUUUGCCGUCAUCGGAGGUGGAAUAGCUGGCGUGACAUGUGCAGAAACUCUAUCAUCAUUAUGUCCAGAGGAACAGAUAGUUUUAAUUACUGCCUCCAAACUCAUCAAAGCUGUCACAAACUAUCAACAGGUGUCACGCACAUUAGAACAAUUUGAUGUUGAGGAAAGACCUAUGUCAUCAAUGGAAACAGGAUGCCCUAAUGUCAAGGUUAUACACAAAAUGAUGAAAACACUUGAUACAGUUAAACAUGCAUUGACUAUGGAUGACGGGACAGUGAUCCAGUAUGGUUUAUUGUGUAUAUGUACAGGUGGUAAACCCAAGGUGAUAUGUAAAGAUAAUGACCAUGUGUUGGGCAUAAGAGAUACAGAGAGUGUCCAGGAUUUUCAGAAGCGUUUAAAACAAGCACGGCGGAUAGUUGUAGUGGGUAAUGGUGGAAUAGCAACUGAGCUUGUAUGUGAGAUAGAAGGUUGUGAGGUUAUCUGGGCAAUCAAACAUUCAUCAGUCACCAGUACAUUCAUUGACCCUGGUGCUGCAACUUUCUGUCUACCCAAACUAAAUGAAGAAAAACCCAAAUCUGAUGAACCAUUGAAAAGACGGAAAUAUACAGAACAAGACACUGAUGUUGACAGUUCAGGCAAUAAGAUACCAAGUGGCAGUGCCCUCGGUCCUGACUGGGUUAAUAAUCUUGAAAUGUCUGGUGCUGAUAAGAAGGGACAUUGUGUACAUGUAGAAUAUAAAGUGGAAGUGGCUAAUAUAUUGACCAGAGAAGAAUUAUUGUCAUCAGGGAAGUCAGAAACACAGCAAUCUGUAUUAACAUCAACAAAUUCAGAUUGGCCUGUAUUUGUUGAGCUCACUAAUGGUACAGUGUAUGGUUGUGACUUUGUUGUCAGUGCAACUGGUGUUGUUCCAAAUACUCUACCAUUCCAUGAUAAUAAUUUUAAACUUGCUGAAGAUGGUGGAAUACAAGUAAAUGAUAAAAUGCAGACGUCAGAAACUGAUGUAUAUGCAGCAGGAGAUGUUUGCACGGCAUGCUGGGAACAUGCUCAACAUUGGUUACAGAUGCGUUUAUGGUCACAAGCUCGCCAGAUGGCAGCAUACGCAGCAAAAUGUAUGGUGGCUCAUACCUGCAAUGAGAGUAUAUCAAUGGAUUUCUGUUUCGAAGUAUUUGCUCAUGUCACUAAAUUCUUUAAUUACAAGGUUAUAUUGCUGGGAAGGUUUAAUGCACAGGGAUUGGGAACUAAUUAUGAAUUGUUAUUAAGAGUAACUAAAGGAGUGGAAUAUGUUAAAGCAGUAUUACAGGAUGGUAGAUUACAAGGUGCUAUACUAAUUGGGGAAACAGACUUGGAGGAAACAUUUGAAAAUCUUAUAUUAAAUCAGACAGACUUGACUCCUUUUAAAGAGCAUUUACUAGACCCUAACAUAGAUAUAGAAGAUUUCUUUGAUUGAUGAAUAUUUAACAUGUUUAAUAAGUUGAUGAACAAUUUUAUACAGUUUCAGCAAUAUAUUUAAUUAUUGUUCAUAUGUUCUUGUGGAUUAUAAGAAGGUGUUAUUCAAAGUUUUUCCCUGUGACAGCAUCUGUUGUAGUUUGGUACCAGCUGAUUUUUCUACUAUAGUCUAUAUGCAUUGCCUUUCUCUGACCAGUUUAUCACUCUUACGUCUUAGCAUUAUCAUUUUAAUCAAGAUACACCGAAGAUUGUGUGUGAGCAUUUUAUUCUGAAGAUUACAUCAAUAUGUUUUUCUUCCUCACCAGUCUUUCUGUUUCGAGAAGUUAAAGAAUUAUGAUUCACCUCCUUUGAAGAGUGACUAGUAUGUUUAAAGUCCCUACCCCACAAUAUCUUAAAAUAAAAACACACUGACGCACUAAUUUGUUUGGGU